UUGCCUUGCAUGGCGUCAGUUAAUGCAUCUUCCCCGCUUUUUCUUUUCUUUUAUUCUCUCUCUUCUUCGCUCUUCAUAAAAGUUCAUCACCUUCUGUGAAUUCUCGGUCAACCCAUAGCAUAUGCACAUUCUCUAGCAGCCCUCUCUUCUCUACUACAAUCCUUUUUCUCUUCUUUUUUUGCCCUACUCGUUUAGGGUUAUAGAGAGUUUCUCUUCUGCAACUGCAAUCAACGACAGCGCUCCGUUUCUUGUAAAUGCAUUCAAGCUUUUUGGGUUUCUUGUAUCUUGUUUGUUUUCUAGUGUUGUUCUUUUUGGUUGCGGUUUUUUAUCUCUGUGGAGGCUUCUUCUUUCAAAGUUUUCAGUCAUGCCUGCUCUUGUUAACUACAGUGGAGAUGAUGAAUUCCGUUCUGGAGGCUGUUUGUUCUCUAUUGGUUCUUACGUGGAUGCGUACUGCCCUCCUCGUAAAAGGUCUCGCAUCAGUGCUCAAUUUGGGUUCAGUGAAAGUCUGUUUGAGUUGGAAAAUCAACCUUCACUUGAUGUUCUUCCUGAUGAAUGCCUUUUUGAGAUCUUUAGACGCCUUCCUGGUGGUAAAGAAAGGAGUUCCGCUGCUUGUGUGUCCAAGCGAUGGCUUAUGUUAUUGAGCAGUAUCCGCAAGGCUGACAUUUGUCAGAGCAAAAACAAUGAUUUGAUGUUGCAAGACAAGGAGGGAGCUGCUUCUGUUUCUAAUGAUGUUGAAAUGACCCCCUCUAAUGAAGAGGACGAUGGGUUUCUUUCUAGAUGCUUGGAGGGAAAGAAAGCUACGGAUAUGAGACUUGCUGCAAUUGCUGUUGGAACAAGUGGCCAUGGGGGGCUCGGAAAGCUUUCAAUCCGGGCAAGCAACAAUAUUCGUGGUGUCACCAACUUUGGUUUAUCAGCAAUUGCCCGUGGCUGCCCGUCUCUCAGAUCUCUUUCCUUGUGGAAUGUUCCAUCUGUUGGGGAUGAAGGCCUUUUAGAGAUAGCGAAAGAAUGCCACUUGUUGGAAAAGCUUGAACUUUGCCAAUGCCCUUCAAUUACCAACAAGGCUUUGAUUGAAAUUGCGCAGAGUUGCCCAAAUUUGACUACUCUGAUCCUUGAAUCUUGUUCAAAGAUUGGCAAUGAGGGUCUUCAAGCUAUUGGGAAGUUUUGCUCCAAUCUACAAAACAUCUCGAUCAAGGACUGUCCUCUCGUUGGGGAUCAAGGAAUAUCUACUGUGUUGUCCUCAGCUUCUUCUGUCCUCACGAGAGUAAAGCUUCAGGCCUUGAAAAUCACAGAUUUUUCUCUGGCUGUCAUUGGGUACUAUGGCAAGGCUGUUACUAAUCUUGUCCUCAGUGGUCUGCAACAUGUGAGUGAGAAGGGCUUUUGGGUAAUGGGCAAUGCUCAAGGUUUGCAGAAAUUGGUUUCUUUGACUAUUACUUCCUGUGGGGGCAUAACAGAUGUGAGUCUUGAAGCCAUAGGAAAGGGCUGUAUAAACCUGAAGCUGAUGUGCCUCCGUAGGUGCUUUUUUGUCUCAGACAAUGGAUUGGUAGCUUUUGCUAAGGCUGCAGGAUCUCUUGAGAGCCUUCAAUUGGAGGAGUGUAACAGGCUUAGCCAAUCAGGUAUAACAGGUGUCCUAUCCGACUGUGCAACAAAGCUGAAGUCACUUACCCUGGUGAAGUGCAUGGGAAUUAAGGAAAUGGAAAUGGAAAUCCUUAUGCCCAUUCCUUGCAAUUCUCUGCGAUCUUUAUCUAUACGAAACUGCUCAGGAUUUGGAAAUGCUAGCCUUGCCAUGCUGGGGAAAUUGUGCCCUCAGCUUCAGCAUCUAGACCUUAGUGGACUAUGUGGCAUAACAGAUAUCGGGAUUCUCCCCCUCCUGGAGGGCUGUGAAGCAGGGCUUGUUAAGGUGAAUCUUAGCGGGUGCUUGAAUUUGACAGAUGAAGUAGUUUCAGCCUUGGCCAGGCUACAUGGUGAAACUCUCGAAUUAUUGUCUCUUGAUGGUUGCAGGAAGAUUACAGAUGAAAGUUUGGUGGCAAUAGCAGAAAACUGCAUGUUUCUCAGUGAUCUAGAUGUGUCGAAGUGUGCAAUCACCGACUCUGGAAUUGCCGUCCUUUCUCAUACUGAGAAGCUCAAUUUGCAAGUCCUUUCCUUGUCAGGUUGCUCUGAAGUAUCAAACAAGAGCAUGCCUUCCCUGAAGAAAUUGGGCAAGACUCUAGUGGGAUUGAAUCUCCAGAACUGCAACUCUAUUAGCAGCAGCAUUGUUGCACAACUUCUGGAAGGUUUGUGGAGAUGCGAUAUCCUCUCCUAAUUCGCGAUGGAAAUAGAAUGUCCUCUACCUAUAAAUCAAUAAGUGAUCGAAGAAACUAGAGGGAGGACUAGAAGUUCAUUAUGGUUGAGUACAGUAUUAGAAUUCAGCAUGUUUUUGGGCUUAUCAGGUGUGGGCCUGCAAGUAAUUAUCCAGCAGCUUAGUUGUUUUCCAGGGAACUUUGGCCUGUCACUACAUCCCUUUUUUCCAGGCUUUCCUUGCAUGUGAAAGCUUGCGACAGUUUAGCCCCCUUUGUUUGGAGGCUGCCUAAUGACCAUGGUUCCCAGAGAAUCCAUUUUCCAAGUCCUGGUUUUAGAUUUCCUCUUGUGGGUAUUAGAUUUCUUAUCCUACAGCGUCAUAUUUACUGGAAAUUUUAUGCCAGGUGUUUUAGCUUCACUUAUUCAUUCCUAUAAUGUUAUGUUUGGACUAGUUUUCUUCAUUUUCAGCCUGAAGAAGUCUGUUGUUUGAAUCGGUCCAUAGUAGUUUCAGAUGUCCUUUUUCUUAGAGGUUGGGAUCUUGAGUUCUAGUGUUCAGUUUGCUUUGGCAGUUCUAUGUCUGGAUGCCACAGAGUUUUGGGCUUGGUGGUGCCAGUUCCUUAUUGGUCUGGCAUGACAACCUUGUUUCUGGUUGUUUUUUUUUUUUUUAAACCAGUCUAAAGUUGCCGGCAUCUUUUGAAUAAGAAUUGUACACUGCAAAUCUUUUGUUUAUCAGUAAUGAAAUGAAUAUUUGGUGUGA